AUGCCUAUAAGACUGCCAUCGGGUUGGUGUUCUUGGGAAUCUUGGAAACAAUGUUCUGUGGAACCCUGUCAAGAACGUAUCCAGCCAAUGGAAAAGAGAACACAGAAAAAGCGGCAGCAUCCAUCCAAGGAGCAGGUUCAUAAGGAGUUUUGUAUCAACAAAUCGGAAUCUCUUACAAUGGUCCUUCGCGUCCCUGAAAAAGGUGCUCCCGAGAAAAUUACACCAAUGAAGGAACGCAGCAGAAUCUGUCGAUGUCAGGGUUUCCGUAGCAUUAUUGAAAUUUUCACGGGAAAAAUAUGUAGGGAAAAUGCCGAACACAUUGAAUGUCGACCCUGCUCUUCGUUAGAAAACGUCUACACGCACGCACAAAAUGGCGAAAUUCUGCGUCCAUGUUCCGAAAUCCUGCAAUCCCGCGCCGCCUCCGCCACCACGUCGAAUCUCUACGCCAUUCUCGGCGGGGCCCUAGGAACUGCCGCGUUUGUAGCCAUCGUGCUUUGCUGUGUGCGCUUUUUCCUGGUGGGCACCUCGCGCAGUCGCGCCGGCCGGCGAGGCCGUGGCAGAAACGCCAACGAGGACGGCGGCAGUGGAGACAGCAGACGCGUGUUGAACGCGACUGGUCCCAAUCUAGCUGCCCCGCCAUAUCAAAAUUAUUUCAACUCUGAACUCCCGCCUGCCUACAAGGACGUGGUUCCCAUGACCGCGGUUCUCCCCGCUAGGCGUGCUGAUUCCGUCAGCGCGACCUGCUGCCUCCUGUCGCCGCUGCCACCGCCGCCGCCCCCCGUGGAUGCGGUGGGGGAGGUGGAGGAGGAGGAGGGGGAGGGGGAGGGGGAAAGCGAUGAGGCGGUCAAUUCAGCCCCCCCUCCCAGCUACCAGGAUGUGAUUACUUUCUCCCCCUCCGCUGCCGACAUGCACCAGCGAGUGCUCGCGGCUCAAGGCGAAUGA